AUGCAUCCCUCUCGCUUCCGAAAUAGCGGCCUCCCAUUUAUCAGAAGCCCAUCGCGAGUACCUGCUCCUGCGCUUUACGGAACUCUUGAUUUGGAUCCGCUCCCAAGUGCAUCCAACGAAGACCCAUACAAUUGGCCGCUCUGGAAGAAAGUGAUAAACCUCGUCCUCGUCGCAUUCCACGCUUGCAUGUCAACAUUCACGGCCUCCAUAAUUCCCGCAUACGAGGACAUUUCCAUUGACCUUGGAGUGUCUAUGCAAAGGGCCAGUUACCUGACUUCACUCCAGAUUGCCGUCUUGGGUGGAGCGCCAUUGUUCUGGAAGCCGUUAUCCAAUCGAUAUGGUCGUCGACCUAUAUUCCUUUUGUCAACCAUAUUGAGUUUGGUCUGCAAUAUUGGCUGCGCAAAGAGCCCAAAUUACGCCUCGAUGGCCGCAUGCAGAGCCCUAACUGCAUUCUUCAUCUCACCCGCGGCAGCUAUCGGGAGUGCGGUUGUAACAGAAACAUUCUUUCGAAAAGAGCGUGGUCGAUAUAUGGGAAUCUGGACGUUGAUGGUUACCCUAGGUGUCCCAGUUGGACCGCUGAUCUUCGGAUUUGUCACAAAUCGUGCUGGAUACCGCUGGGUCUUCUGGGUCCUUGCCAUAAUUAACGGAGUGCAGUUCGCUCUAUACCUCUUCUUCGGCGCCGAAACUCGUUAUAUCAGCAGCAAUCAGGACCAGUCAUCAUUCAUUUCCCACAGCCUGUGCCUCCCUUUCCGACGCAUAGACCCGACUCCGUUAAAGCUCAGCGAGUUUUAUCACCCACUCACCCUAGUAACCCUCCCAACAGUCUUUAUCCCAGCCUUUGCAUACGCAAUGGUCUUCCUAUUCGGCAGCGUCCUAAUCACUGUAGAAGUACCCCAAUUGUUGCAAGAGAAAUUUGGCCUCAACGCAGAACAACUCGGGCUCCAGUUUAUUGGGGUCAUAAUCGGCACUGUUCUCGGCGAGCAAAUUGGCGGCUCCCUGUCUGAUAUUUGGAUGAACCGCCGCACACGCAAACUCCAAGCCAGACCAGAGCCGGAAUUCCGUCUGUGGCUUAGUUAUCCAGGUGUUCUUUUGACGAUUAUCGGCGUGGUCGUGUUCUUAGUCUGCACGCAACAAGCAGCUGAGGGUCAUUGGGAGGUUUCACCCAUUAUUGGCACGGCGAUAGCAGCCUUCGGGAAUCAGGUUGUCACCACUGUGUUAGUCACGUAUGCUGUGGAUUCUUACCCCCAAGAUUCCGGUAGUGUUGGGGUCUUCGUUACGUUCGUAAGACAGAUAUGGGGAUUUAUUGGGCCAUUCUGGUUCCCCGGCAUGUUCAGUAAUGUUGGUAUUGCCGCGAGCUCAGGUGUUGCUGGUGGUCUAAUGUUCGUUUUCAGCUUUCUGUUUAUUAUUCCGGUUCAUGUUUUCGGGGCCAAAUGGCGUUAG